AUGGACUCUUCCACCACGCCGCCGCGUCGAGUGGCCAAGCGCUCGACGUAUGCAUAUCUUGCUGAUUUACAACACAAAAUUGCACGGUUGGAAAGCCUGGAGGCAUUAGUAGCAAGGCAUGCUCCCACGCAAAGCGAGAAUGCAGAGGUGACCUGUCGGCCUCCAGAUGGCGACGUUAUUACUGCAAGAACCUCUGGAGACGGUCCACAAUCGGAAUCCUCUCCGCGACCCUCAGAACGAGGUUCAGAGGAGCCCCGGAGGCGUCCCUCUAUUGCGCAUACUCAUACUACGGCAGAGCCUCCGGAACUCACCAAUCCGUUGACGAAUACGCCGUCACAGUACAUGGCGGCCUCAAAUGGAACGGCUUUCUAUCUGGGCACUUCUUCCAACUGGGGCUUCUCUAGACGCGUGUUGAACGUAGCGCAUGAGCACGUUUGUCAAGCUGCAUUGCCUACGGAUGCCCUCCUCUUUGACGGCUGUGCGUAUGACCUCGGCUGGGAUGGCUCGAGGAGCUCGCAGAACAUGCAAGGCCUCGUCGUCCCCGCUGUGGACCAUGCCAUAUACCUGAUCAAUGCCGUCAAGUUCCACUGCGAUCAACUCUUUCACAUGUUCGACGAGGAGGAGUUCAUGUCCAACUUGCACAGGUUCUAUUCCCUUCCAUCAGAGGCCCGUGCCAAUGAGUCAAGCCUGUGGUAUAUCCACUUCCUGGUCAUUCUUGCAUUCGGGAAAAGUCUUGUCCAGCAAAAGGGCGCGGGAAGCCGUCCACCUGGCGUCCAUUUCUUCGUCAGGGCAUUGCAGUUGUUGCCAGACGCUACCGCACUUGGCAGAGAGCCUGUGAUCUCUACAGAGAUUUUAUGCUGCAUGGCAUGGUAUUACCAAGCCCUUGACUUUCGCCACGCGGCUCAUAACUUUAUUGGCCAGGCAAAAAGCACGGCCAUGAAUCACGGCAUGCAUACGGACAUGCCUGUCGAUGAGUUGGGAAAGCAGCUCGUCGAACGGUGCCGCAAGAUCUGGUGGACAGUGUACAUCUUGGAUCGGCAGAUGACUUCACUCAUGGGUCUUCCUCAGUCAACCCGAGAUGAGGGCGUACACUGCCAACUCCCGUCAUACUCUGGAGCGUCACGACGGACUGCUGCGUUGGGCAUGCACAUCCGGUUCGCACGCAUCAUCGCUGACGUUAGUCGAGCUGUUUAUGGAACAAACGGAAGCAUCAAUAAGAAGUUCGUGAUUAGCACGAAGAACGUACUAGAGAGCAUUGCAGCUGUAGCGGAUGAUUUGCAGUCAUCCUUUCCGUUGCACGCCGACGUUAGUUAUGUUGGCAUCUCACGAAUUGCCGCCCAUCUCCAUCUACAAUAUUACCAGUGUAUCGUCCUCGCGACGCGACCAUUGCUCUACUGUUGCCUCCUUAAGAGAUUCGAGGCACCGCUGGAAGCUGACGCUCUCAUGGCCUCCGCCAAAGUUCGCAAUCCGCUACAAAUGUGUGUUGAGUCUGCACAGCAGAUUCUGAAUAUUCUCGAGAGCCUUCGAGAGCAGGGCUUGCUUGAAACCUUCAUUCCCUUGGAUCUGGACUCUCUUUCGGUUUCGACGAUUGUGAUUCUCAUGGCCCGCGCGGUGGAUAUCAGGCUACUUGAGAAUCACCCACCGUGGGUAGACAAAGCCAACGCGAUACUCGAGGACAUAGUUGGCAGCGGCAACCGCAUCGCCAUGUAUCGAAAGGCGGAGAUGCAAAAGCUCGACGAGCUCCUUGGCGACUUCAUCGACACGCAGCACGCGGCCCAGUUUGGCACCCAUCCCUCCAUGCUCCUACCUCAAGCUCUAGGAAGAACCACCGUACCAGACCCUAUUGCUCCUGGUUUAUCAUUUGCACCGCUGGACGAUGCGUCCAUGUACGGGGAGGACAGUAAGGAUAAAACACAACCGGAUGAAUGGAACUCGCAGCAGAUCAUGGCUGUGGCAAGCUCAAUGGAGUCGGAUGAUGCCGACUGGCUUUCUUUCGUCAUGGGCUUUGGUACUGGUUAG